UUUAACUGUUUCUUGAGCUGUCAGUGAUUUCCUGACAUUUUGAUCUGCCACUAAAACAGUAGAAACGGAAUGCGAACAGAGUGUAAACCCCCCGUUCAGUAAGGGAAUAGAAUAAUUACACAGGGUCCAGACCUGCUCCUCCGUGGGGGGCCAGCUGGGAAUGUCUGAGAGGAGAACUCCAGCCCUUAUGGAACUAAUGGUUCUGGCAGCAGCUGGACUUGGUGGCUGUGAUGAGCACCAGACUCCCCCAGAGGCCAUUCAUCAAAGCAGCACCCUAGUCUGAUCAUCUGAAGGUGAAUGUGUCCCUGACGGGCUGGACCGAGAACAUAAAAGUGACACGUUAACACAGUACAACAAGUAGCAAACAAAUUCUGACCAACUGGAGACCAACUGGAGACCUACUGGUCAACAAAACAAAAGGUAAUUAACAGUGCUGAUUGUAGAGUCUGAUGCAGCAGGAGGAAGGAUCUACAGAAUCUCUCCUUCACACAGCGAGGGUGGAUCAGUCUGCUACUGAAGCUGCUCUCCAGAGCAGACAGUGAGUCCUCCAGUGGGUGAGAGUCCUGGUCCAUGAUGGAUGUCAGUUUAGCCAUGACCCUUCUCUCACCCACCUCCUGCACCGUGUCCAGAGUGCAGCCCAGGACAGAGCUGGACUCUGAUGACCCUGUCCAGUCUCUUCCUGUCAUCACUGUGAUGCUGCUCCAUCAGACCACACGUACAGGAUGGCUAAUGCCACACAGAGUCAUAGAAGGUCUUCAGGAGCAGCCCCUCACUCCAAAAGACUCAGUCUCCUCAGCAGGGCUGUGGCUCGGUGUUGAGUGGGAUGAUCCAGAGAGAGGCAAACACAACGGCAGCCAUGAAGGAGUCCAGUACUUCACAUGCAGACACCCUAAAGGAGGCUCAUUCGUGCGUCCAGCAAAGGCGAGUUUUGGAGUGGAUUAUGUGACGGCUGUGCGGCGGCUGUACAAGAUCGACGCGGAGGAGGUGCUGAGUGAAGAGAUCUCCAUCUCCUCCAAAAAGCUCAUGUGGGAAGGCAUCAAGGAGCGCAGCUUUGAGAGCCUUCAAUCUGUGUUGCUGACUCGCUGCGAGGUCAACAGCCACGGGGCCCAGGGGGAAAUCCGACAAACAACGCCCAACGUCCAGUGGCUGGACCUGGGUGGGACUCUGCUGUGCUCCUGGGACGAUGUAGCCGCCAUCACGAGGCAGCUGGAGCGACUGGAAGGGCUGCAGCUGAGCUCAAACAGACUGCGUUUGCCCUCUGAGCCCUCGCUUCACUGCCAGGCUUUCUGCAGCCUCAAAGUCCUGGCACUCAACAGCUGUGACCUCACCUGGACACAGGUCCUUGAGUGCGCCCCCAUGUGGCCACAGCUGGAGGAUCUCUGUGUAGAAGACAACAACAUCACAGAGCUGCAGAGGCCGGAGGGGGUGCUGCAGGGUCUGAAGAGUCUCAGUUUGUCCAGCAACCGUUUGGUGCAGCACACUGUGCUCAGUCUGUCUGCUCUGCCCAGCCUGGAGAAGCUGAACCUGUCCAACACUGGACUGUCUGACAUUCGAUUCAAUGACACUGCUCCUGGAUCUUUCACACACAUGUUUCCAGCACUGAAGAGUCUGAACCUGGACCAGAACAGCAUCACAGAGUGGCGGGUGGUGGACGAACUAGCUAAACUUUCCAGUCUGGUCCAAGUCUCAUGUCGUGGGAACCGACUGGUGAGCAGCGACGGAAACCCCAGAACAGCCAAUCAAAUGCUGAUCGCCAAACUGGGACGACUGGUCGUCCUCAAUGGCUGCGAGGUCCACCCUGAGGACAGGAGGGGGGCAGAGCUGGACUACAUUAAGAUGUUCGGAGAGGAGUGGCUCAAGGCAGCGGGCCAGAGUCUGACCAGCACCCAGUUCACCUGUCAGCACCCGCGGUACCAGAACCUCAUCGACAAGUAUGGAGCUCCAGAGGAAGGUGAGCUGAAGAAGCAGGAGCCGUUCACCCUGAAGAACCAGCUGCUGAAGGUCACGUUCGUGUUUCCUGAUGAUGCUCAGCGGAAGCCGAUGGAGAAGAAGCUUCCAGCCUCCAUGGUGGUGCAGAAGGUGAAAGGACUCCUGCACAGACUGCUGAAGGUUCCUGCAGCGAGUCUGAGGCUCAGCUACACCAGCCCCAAGGUGGCAGGGACAGAGUUUGAGAUCGACAGCGAUCUGAAGACGCUGCAGUUUUACUCGAUAGAGGACGGAGACCAGGUUCUGGUUCGCUGGUCCUGACCCAGACGCUGCAGCCGUUACCAGGAGCUGCAGCUGGAGACACAACUCACUGAGCUGAAUCUGGUUCUUGGGUUAUUAUUGAUGCGCUGAUGGGAUCUGUAACCCUGCAGGAACCACAUCCAUGACUCCGUAAACACUGACAGACUCUUAACAAUAAAUUAAAUGUUUAGUAUAAUAAUAA